AUGCUCCCCUUCUCGAACCAGCGCCAAUACUCCCAAGACGACGCGGGAGAAGCCGAUCCGGAAUCAGACCAUCUCAUCCCCGCGAAGAAGCGCAGGCACCGCGUACGCGUCCAAGGCCGACUCGCCGUCGUCCGCAGCGUGUCCACAGUGAAUUUACGACCCACGCCGUCAGUGGCCCCAGAGCUGCCGUCCCCAGUUGUCGGAAAUGGGCCGGCAGCCCCAGCGAAUCCAAAAUUCGAGUCGGGCGUGGCUGGGAGCACAGUGGCGCCGGUGCGGAGGAGGAAGAGCCUGGAUGAUGCCAGCAGCGACACCGAGGAGGACGAUGUCAAGGAGACUGCGGUGAGAGACCGUCAAUUUCGAGGAUACGGGAUUGGAGGUGCUGGAAACAUUAGACGUCCGACCGAAGUCUACGGCUCCGCCAAGUCGAGCUCCUCAUCGUCUCGAUUCUCCAUAUUUCCUUCCUCUGGGCCCUCGGACGAUUCGGACAGGAGAAAUUGGAGCUUGAAGGACCUGUUCGCCCGGACGGGCGACCGCAAAGGAAAAGGGGCUGCUUGA